CGCAUGCGCAAUGCGGACCUGAGGUGUUUUGUCCGUGGAGCGGCAGGCCUGACUGAGCCGAGGCCUGACAGUCAGAGUCCGGAGGAAAAGAAGAGAAUAUUCCACGGAGACAUCAUCUAUUCUAAUUCUCAAGUGCUGCAGGUGGAAAAGUCUGCCAUGUAGAAGGAACAGCGGACCAGCAGAUGGAGAGGUGAUAGCCCCCACCACCCAUGCAUGCAUUCACAUUUAAGGAUGCUGGUCAUCAGGACCUCAGCUCACUGAAAGGCCUUCAGACUGCUGUAGUCUUUGGGAUUUGUAACUAACAAUGAUGUUGAAUGAGUGCCAGGUGUUAUGAGCUGCUUUUAUCACAUUGGGAGAUAUUGAAACCGGUCAUGGCUUGCAGAAAUAUAAAUAAGAGGAGGCACGUGGGACUUCAGCAACUUGUCUCCUUAACAGAAACAGGACGAAGUUUCCUAGGCCCCAUAAAGUCAUCCAAGUUCAUUAUAGGUGAAGAUUCUCAUGAAAGCGUAUUGACCUGUUCUGCCCUGAGGCUUCUUGAAAAUCUGGAUUUAACUAGUUCCAUUGGACAGCUUCUUUAUGAAACAGUACAGUCCCAGAAGAAGGUGUAUGGCACUGGGACCAGUACCCUGCUGUUUCUCGCGGGUGCGUGGAGUGCCGCUGCCCUGGAAUGUCUUCAACAAGACAUCCCGAGUUCAGUCAUUGUGGCAGUGAUGUCCGAAGGCCUGAGGUCCUGCAGGGAAGAAGUUGCUCCUCUUCUGAUCCCUCUGCAUGAUGUAGUUGACAGCACUGCAGACACAAGGAGAUAUCCUUUUCUUGGAACCCUGAGCAUCAUCCCCAGCCCUCUUGUGCAGAUUCCACCAGAGAUGCUUUGGAUGGAAAAAGGGCGUGAUGUAAAAGACGUGUCUUCCCUACCAUCCACUCCUGCAUUUUCUUCCAGGCGCUCUUCUGAAGUGUCUUUUGGGUCUUCAUACUUCAGCUCUCAAUUGGCAGCUAAAGGAAAUAAAGCUAUGCCUCAGGCUCCCAAAACCAAUCUGAUUACAAAUAGCCAUGCUAGGAAAUCAAGACUGAGCCAAAGCAGGCAUUUUACUAGGGCAGAAAAUGGCUCCUAUCAGACAAGUGUCAAAAGCUAUCUCGACUCUUACGUUCAGAGAUGCAAUGAUCUAGUGCAGCUGGCAGUGGGUCUGAGCCACGGAGAUCAUAGUAGUAUGACAUUAGUGGAAGCGGCCAUCAGAUGCCAAUAUCAGAAUGCAUGUGUGAGGAAGAGGAAUUGUGUGGUACCAUUUAGGUUUGAAGUUUCCAAAGUUUCCACUUGCUGUUUACCGGGCAUACCCGAAAGCUUUUCUUGUGUCCAUUCUGGAUACAUAACUCUGGUAUCGAUAAACUACGCUACAGUAAUCAGAGAACUACAGAAUCAGCCUUUGCGGGUCAUUCUCAUCGAUGGUGACCUCAAAGAGGAUUACCACCACUUGGGAUUUAAUGGGCCAGAAAGAGUUAAAACUGAAUUGGAAAGUGUGAUGUAUCAGGAGAGGCUGUGGCAGGACCGUGUCUUGGAGAUAUUCAUCCAGUUACAUGUCAACCUAGUCAUGGUGCGAGGAAAUGUGUCUGACGAUUUAAUGGAAAGGUGUAUGCAUAGUAACUUGCUGAUAAUUGGGCCAGUGAGUCAUCAUGUGCUGCAGGAUUUUGCAGAGGUCACUGGAGCAGAACAGGUGACCUAUGCUACUCAACUGAGUGAAGACUGUGUGGGGAGGGAUGUCUAUGUGAGCUCGUGGAGAAUGGGCCAACUGAAUACCAUAGAAGCGAGUGACAGGGUGGCUGUCUUAAUCAGAGCUGAGGGAAUCAUCCUAGCCACAGCUGUGCUCACCAGCCCAGUCAUAGCACAGAUGCAAGCCAAGGAAGAUCACUUCUGGACUUGUGCUUAUCGCUUGUAUCAUGCGCUAGUUGAUGAGAAGGUCUUCCUCGGAGGUGGCGCAGUGGAAGUCUUGUGCCUUACCCAUCUUCAGAUGCUCAUAGAGCAGCCUCAUGAAAAGAUGGACAAGGAUGGUUCAGGACGGCUCCAUACAUCUUCCUCUUGGAUGGCUUCAUCUCAGGCCCUUUAUGGACCGGCUGUACUGAAAGCCUUGGCGGAUGGAUGGCACAAGUACCUUUCUUCUGUAGUGUACAACACGGGUACUUGCUUAUCAGAAAGUGAAGCCAGCACAUUCGUUCAAGACUUUCUCCAAAAGACCACAGGCUCUGGUUGUCCUUUGUUAUACCUUCUGAAAGAAUACAAUAAACCAACUAGUGGGGUUGUAAAUUCAGGUCUUCCUAGUAGACUGAAGGAAACAUCAAGGGUUUACGAUGUUGUCACACCAAAGCUUGAGGCGUGGCGCAGGGCACUAGAUUUAGUUUUGUUAGUGCUUCAGACAGAUGCUGAGAUCAUUACUGGGGCUGAGUAUACACAGUUAAACUCACAGGAGUCUGAUGAAUUGUUAUUGUUGUAGCUCUGUUUUACCAUAAUACUAUAAAAAAAUAAUCAUAAAACACCUUUUAAGAAAAUCUAGGAUUCUCUGAAUUAGUAAAUGGUAGCUACUGUACCUUUUUUUUUGCCAGGCAAUGGGGGUUAAGUGACUUGCCCAGGGUCACACAGCUAGUAAGUGUCAAGUGUUUGAGGCCGGAUUUACUCAGGUACUCCUGAAUCCAGGGCAGGUGCUUUAUCCACUGCCCCACCUAGCUGCCCCCACUACUGUACCAUUUUAUGUCAAAUGCAGAUGUAAUAAGUACCAAAAAGUAAAAAUAAAGUGCCUUUCUCUUUGUAACAGUAAACUAGAAACCUUAGAUACUGUUCUUCAAAAGAUCAUCAUUAGAACUUAGCUGGAUAAGGGGUAGCUAGGUGGCACAGUGGAUAGAGCACUGGCCCUCGAGUCAGGAGUUCCUGAGUUCAAAUCCGGCCUCAGACACCUAACACACACUUACUAGCUGUGUGACCCUGGGCAAGUCACUUAACCCCAAUUGCCUUACUUUAAAAAAAAAAAAAAACUUAGCUGGAUAAGUCCUGGACUGGAAUCAUGCUAGCAUGUUUUGUUAAAAGAAUUUUUUUUGGAUUACAAAAACAAGCUUCCUUCCCCUACUCCAGGAGGGGGAGCAGAACCAAAAAGAACAAAAAAAGGAAUAUUUUUUCCCUAUAAGAGACUAAAGUUGAUGUGCUGGAACAAUAAGAAUAACUUUCAGUUUUUCAUUUCAUUUGGAGAAAGAAGAAUCUGUAAGUUUUAGUGUGACAAGUGAAAUGAUUCACCUCAUUAAGUGACAGAUUAAAAUCUGUAUCAUCUGAAACCCUUAAACAGUUCACUAGUUGAGCUUCAUUUCUGUUUUCUUUGUACAAGGCUGUAGUUGGCAGGGAUAUUAAGGAUUAAAUUGCUCCUUGGAAGAAUGCCUGCCCGUUAGCUGGGUUAAAACCACGGGUUUUGCCCCUUUGUUUACACUCAAAUUUUGCUUUUUUGGUUAAAAUAUUCUCAAGAUUACAUUAUCUCUAGUAUUAAACUAUGCCUUACC